CUGUGAACGUCCGUCCCAACCUAAAAUAAAACAACUCUUGCCUAUUCAACUAUCUUUCACCCCCUCCUAAUGACGUUUCGGCACUAUUCCCCUUCCUCGUUCAUUCUCAGUUUAUAUUCCAUUACUUUUCCUGUGUCCUACUCCUUCAGUACCCGUCUGCCAAGUCGACCGUUGUAGUUGUAAGCGCCCACUUCAAGCGGCAGCUGAGAGAUCACAUGAGGCUUCGACGUAGGAUCAACACGGGGUUAGUACUAUUACAUGCGCAGUACUCGAGUCUGGACUCCUAGUCCAGCCCUGGCAAACGAAAUAAAAGGGAAAUGCCCCUAUCAAGAUCAAACCUGGAAACGAGAUCCCUGAAGGCGUAGGGUUACCUGGAAUUAUACAUUCAGUAAUUAAGAACCCCGACAACACUCUGAAGCUUUAUAGAUAAUUACGUGCAGUCAGACCUACAAUCAAUUAAGAGAGGCAAGGAUCAUCAUUGAAAAUUAAACCAUGUUCAAGAUAAUUUCUUUAUUAAGCAACCUACGGCUUUUGGUGCUCUUGGGAAUAUGUGUUCUGCCUUUUUCGGUUCUUGGCCAAUUUUGGCAAAGGAAUACCCAUGGAGAUUAUGCAAACCUUGAUGAGGACUACUAUCCCAAUAAUUACAACUAUCUACCCCAGAACCAAGGUUUGGGUGACCCAACUGCCAAUGGACAACAGCAGCAACAGGGACAGACUACUGUUAACUCGGCAACGGAUUCUGAUGAGGAUUUAGACCCAGAGGAUGUGGCUUUCAUGAAGUCAUACAUGCAGAAGUACGAGUACACGAGCGCGACGAGGGGAGUGGAAGACCCGGAAGAAACUCGACAAGCGAUCAUGAGACUCCAACGAAUGGCAGGACUAACACCUACGGGUAUGUUCAACAAUGAGACCAUUGCCAGGAUCAAGAACAGUAAGAGAUGUGGGAACUCUGAUAAACCAGUGGAUACAGAAGAGAUGAGGAAGAGAAGAUACGCCAUACAACAUGGAUGGUCAAAAAGGAGGCUUACGUGGGCAAUAAAAAACUUUACCCCAGACAUGGAUCGAGCAACUACCAACCGCGUACUCACAUCUUCCUUCCAAGUUUGGAGUGACGUCGCCAGGCUAGACUUUACACAGACUAAGUUCCCCAGAGCCGAUAUCUUAGUAGUUUUCGCUCGAAGGAGUCACGGUGAUGGAUACCCUUUCGAUGGACCAGGUGGAACAUUAGCCCAUGCCUACUUCCCAGGGGACGGUAUUGGGGGUGAUGUACAUUUCGAUGAAGACGAACAGUUUACAGACAGGACAUUGCGUGGUACAAACCUAUUCAUUGUUGCUGCUCAUGAAAUCGGUCACAGUCUUGGCUUGGCACACUCUGACGUGGGCGACUCAUUGAUGGCACCCUACUAUCAAGGAUUUAAAUCUACCUUUCAACUUCACUCAGAUGAUAUAAGAGGCAUCCAGAGUCUCUAUGGUGCGAGAUCGACACCUCCAAACAGGCCCAGGCCCCCUCCAGGUAGCCCAAACAUACCCAGCAAACGCCCAAAGGACAUGGCGAUCUGCAAUGCUCCGAUCAACGCCGUUACCUACGGACAAAUCGCUGGAUCACCGGCCCCAUCGCUUUAUAUAUUUAGUGGAGAGAGAUUCUGGAUAAAGAGAGGAAACGAAGCUGUAUCAAACGCCCUCCAAACAGAGUCUGUCUUUGUUGAUAUGCAGUCAAUACCUGAUGCAGCCUUUAUACGAUCAUUCAGAGGACAGAAAAGAAUGGUUUUCUUUUCAGGGAGUGAGAUAUGGGAAUCCUCAGCAGGUACUUACCAUCCUCAAGACAUCCGACAGCGUACUGGUAUCAGAGCCAAUAAAAUCGACGCAGCUUUCAAGUGGGCCAGGAACAACAAAAUAUAUUUAUUUUCCAACGGGCUUUACUGGCGACUUAAUGAGAAUACGCUUAGAGCUGACCCAGGCUAUCCCAGAGUUAUCAAGGAUAACUGGAGGGGGAGAAGUGGACCAUUUGACGCUGCAUGGACAGAGGGAAAAGGUGGUGUGAGUUAUUUUCUUACUGGAAAGCAUGUGAAUACAUUUAAGGACAACGAAGUUUAUUUUGUAACUCCUCGGCGAAGCUUCGCUUCUGAUUGGCUCAUGUGUGGACAAAAUAUUGGAUCAGGUACCAAAGGACCAAUCACAGUCUCUGGUACACUUUUCCUCGUAUCGACUUUAGCAACAUUGAAACGCGUUUUAUGAUUUGAUGAAAAUUUAUCCCCGUAACUACGUUGCUCUAUUUCCAUUAGCUUUAAACUUGAUUUUACUAAAUGGGCUAAUUUGUACAUUUUGGCAGUCAACGGAACUAAACAACAAUUUCCAGAGAAAGAACGUAAUUAUUAUUUUUUUAAUAACCUGAUUGUCUGCACGGCAAAGGCAGUGGUGCAAUGAGUCAAGGUUUAUUUCCAAUUCUUCUGAUACAAAUUCGUCCAAUUGCCAAUUCGUCCACUAUCAUUUGGUCCACCAUCAGUUCGUCCACUAACCACGAAAUGUUGGACGGAAUGACAUUAGACCAAAUGAACGUGCAGCGAGUGGGCGAGUUGGCAGUAGACGAAUUGGCAAUUUACCUGAGCCAAGAUGGCUGAACAUGACGGGCAGGGAAAAAUGUCUAAAACGUCGUGAGCAAGCAAAAAUGUUGCAAUUAAUGUUUGAUACGAAAAGCUUUUUUAUAUUUGAAAAAAUAUAUAUCAUGUUUCAACAUUUCCUUUUUCUGUCUUUUUUCUACCCUUUGUUCAUAGUCAUGGAACUUUUGUGGGGGGGGGGCAUAGGCCCUAAAGGCCCCAUCUAUACGCCAGAGAGUAACGGGAUUACACGAAUGGGAAAAUUCUUCUUCGUUAAAUUAGCGCCUAGUGCUGUGUAAAUUUGGCACACACUGGGUGACAAUUAUCCAUUAAACGUUUAUGUAUCCUUCAUUCAAAUAUUAGGCAACUUUUUAACCCAACUAAUGUUCUUUCAGAAACCAGUCAAAUUUCGUUCAGCUGUUAGCAGUGGUCCGUUGACAUUAAACCGUGGACUUAUUUUACGUAUAUUAUGGAAGUUUUUAUAGAUCUGCAAUAAACCGGAAUAAUUUUGGAUUUUUUUAUUUUGUUUUUAUUUUCAAAUGUCAUAAAUCUAUGUAAUAUUGAACAAAACUUAUUCAUUAUUACCGUCUGUAUCCCUAUUUGUUACAUUCAAAUUUCCUUGACGAUAUUGUGUAAGAUGUCAAUAAUGUAUAUUGUUUGGUUUAUUUAUGUUUAUAAAUAUUUUUAGAUGUGGAUGUAGAUUUAUUGUAUUAUAACUGGAUUUAUAUGUUUCACUCUUGCAAAUCAAUAUUGUAGUUGAUUUAAUUGCCACUUAAUGCAAAUUUUCAUAUAUCUAUGUGUGCAAAAGAAUGUUCUGAAAAACCAUAGUUAUAUAUUUUAAUGAACGAAUGUUUAUUAAGCUUUAUCAAUCACGGAAUGAACAAAAAAAAAGUGACGACUUUAGUCACGGAUAUACAGAUGAUGCACUGUAGAAUUAAUGUACAUCUCAUAGAUUAAGAUAAUCGUUGUCACUUAGUAUCAAAGCAGUUGUACAAUAAAUCAAACGUAAUUAAAUGGUUACUAUCU